AUGGUGUCAAGUUUUGUUUGCAGCAAAACCAACGCGGCGGUGGGUGGACUAAUCGCGGCUGAAUUACUACGUUCUGAUCAUCCUGUGAAAGUGAGCUGGGGUGCCGAAACGACGAUUUCGUACGCGACCCGGACGCUUGCGUGCAUCACCAACAAUGAUGUGCUUCGCGCGCUGGCCCGCGAGGUCCCGUCACUCCGGUUGUACGGUGAGACCCCGAUCGAGCGUACACAAAUCGACCACUGGCUAACCUACACGCUGUCAAUGGAGAAAGAUCCCUUGGAUGAGCUAAAAUAUCUGAACAAAUGUCUCGGCCCACUGACGUUCCUGGUCGCAAACCAUCUUACGAUCGCUGAUUUGGCCGUGUUCAACGAGCUGUACGUUCGAUUCGAGGAGCUGAAGAAAAUAGGCAUUCCCGUACAUGUGCAGCGCUGGUACAAUCUUAUUUUAGCGCAACCGUGCACAAAAGAAGCGUUACGCCUAUACGAUGGCGAGCUACGUGCCGCUGUGGCGUCGGCAAAGACUAAAACGAAGGAACCGUCUCCCGAAAAGGGAUCCGACGGAAAGCGCGAGCAAGGCAAAUUUGUCGAUUUGCCGGGCGCUGAGAUGGGCAAGGUAGUAGUGCGGUUUCCACCGGAGGCUUCUGGUUAUUUGCAUAUUGGGCACGCCAAAGCUGCACUGUUGAACCAAUAUUACCAGCAAGCGUUCGAAGGAACGUUGAUAAUGCGAUUCGACGACACGAACCCGGCCAAAGAAAAUGUGCACUUUGAGAAGGUGAUCCUUGAGGACUUGGAGAUGCUGCAGAUCAAGCCGGACUUAUUCACACACACCUCUCAGUACUUUGAUCUGAUGCUGGACUACUGCGUUCGCUUGCUGAAGGAAGGUAAGGCGUACGUGGAUGAUACGGAACCGGAGCAGAUGAAGAAAGAGCGCGAGGAACGCGUCGAGUCGAAGAAUCGCAGCAACACGUCCGAUCGCAACCUAGCCAUGUGGGCGGAAAUGGUGAAGGGUACCGAGGCCGGUCAAAAGUGUUGCGUGCGAGCGAAAAUCGACAUGGCUUCAGCGAAUGGAUGUAUGCGGGAUCCAACAAUCUAUCGGUGUAAAAACGAGCCGCAUCCUCGGACCGGAACACAGUACAAGGUGUACCCGACGUACGACUUCGCUUGCCCCAUCGUCGACGCGAUAGAGAACGUGACGCACACGCUGCGCACGAUGGAAUACCACGAUCGGGACGAGCAGUUCUACUGGUUCAUCGAGGCUCUGGGACUCCGUCGUCCGUACAUAUGGGAGUACAGCCGAUUGAACAUGACCAACACGGUUCUUUCGAAGCGAAAACUGACCUGGUUCGUCGCGGAAGGACUGGUCGACGGGUGGGACGAUCCUCGCUUUCCGACAGUUCGCGGUAUCCUGAGGCGUGGCAUGACGGUGGAGGGUUUGAGAGAAUUCAUCAUAGCACAAGGUUCGAGCAAGUCCGUCGUAUUUAUGGAGUGGGACAAGAUCUGGGCAUUCAACAAAAAAGUGAUCGAUCCGAUCGCCCCUCGCUACACGGCACUGGAGAACGACAACCGCGUUCCAGUGAAUGUGGCAGGUGUGCAGUCGAGCACGCUUCAGGCCGCGGUACAUCCAAAGAACGCCGACAUCGGAUCGAAAACAGUCCAUCUCGGUCCGCGAAUACUCAUCGACAUGGCCGACGCGAAAGAGUUGAAGGAGGGCGAAAACGCUACAUUCAUCAAUUGGGGCAACUUGAUGGUGAAAAGGAUAAAUCGCGGCCCGGAUGGAGUUCCCCUGUCGAUUGAUGCCACGCCGAAUCUGGAGAACAAGGACUACAAGAAAACGCUCAAAUUGACUUGGCUUUGCGAGCUGUCGGCAGAACAGUACACGCCAACGUACUGCGUGUACUUCGAGCACAUCAUAAGUAAGGCCGUGCUUGGAAAGGAGGAAGAUUUCAAAAAUUACAUCGGCCACAAAACACGGACCGAGGUUCCAAUGUUAGGUGAUCCGGAGCUGAAGAAAUUGAAAAAAGGAGACAUCAUUCAACUCCAACGUCGCGGAUUCUUCAAGGUAGAUCAGGCCUAUCAGCCGGCGAGUGAGUUCAGUGGCGCAGAAACGCCGAUAGUACUUUUCGCGAUUCCAGAUGGCCACGUCACGGCCGUUCCAACGGCUAAUGUACCGAAAAAAGAAGCUGCGGCAGCUGAGGGCAAAAAAUCCAAGCAGGCAUCGGCUAAAUCUGCCAACGUUGCCGCGGCAUCGACAGGAGGUGGCGGUGCGCCGGAUCCCUCCAGUCUUAACAACUCCAUCACCCAACAGGGCGAGAAGGUCCGUAAGCUAAAAGCGGACAAAGCACCGAAGGUGGAUGUUGACGCGGCAGUGAAAGUGUUGCUCGAUCUGAAAGCACAGUACAAGGCGCUUACGGGCAGCGACUGGAAACCGGGUGUUAGUGUUACGGUCGCUCCUACGCAGAACCCGUCUGUUGCAGCAUUAGACGCAGACGCGCUAAACGCAAAGAUCACCAAGCAGGGUAAUUUGGUACGUGAUUUGAAGACGAAGAAGGCACCCAAACCGGAAGUUGACGCCGCUGUGAAGACACUGCUGGAGUUGAAAGCGCAGUAUAAGGCGACGACGGGAAGUGACUGGAAGCCGGGUGCCGCACCUGCACCAUCAGCUGCUGCUCCUCAGUCCGGUGCACUGAAGCAAACGAGCAGCAACGCCACCGGGAAAGAGGCCGACGAGCUCAACCAGAAGAUCAUCGCGCAAGGUAAGGUGGUGCGUGAUUUGAAGGCCAAGAAGGCUCCAAAGUCGUACGUUGAUGUGCAGGUUGCCACGCUCCUUGCGCUCAAAAGAAAAUACAAACAGGCCACGGGUGGGCAGGAAUGGAAACCUCGCUAUCGAUGGUGGUUAAAAAAGAAACUUAAAUCCGCAGGUUCAAGCGGUGUCAACGGAGAGGCCGCUCUGUUGGCUCAAAUUGACGCGCAGGGUGACAAAGUGCGCACGCUUAAGAGCAGCAAGGCUGACAAACCGACAGUGGAUUCGGCGGUUGCUGCUCUGCUGAAGCUUAAGGCCGACUACAAGACGCUAACCGGAAAGGAUUGGACGCGCGAUACAACCUCUGCCCCGAAGUCUGGCACCACCGGAACGGCGCCAUCGUCUGAGAGCACAAAGAACGGAAAAGAAAACAUGUGUCCAACGAGCGGUGCGGACGGCCAGGGGGCGCUGGUAGAGAAGAUCACCAAACAGGGCGAUACGGUGCGCACGCUCAAGAGCGGUGGUGCACCGAAACCCGAAGUCGACGCAGCCGUCAAGGUGCUGUUAGAUCUGAAGGCGGAGUACAAGAAGCUCACCGGUACAGAUUUCGUCCCGGCCGGUGGUGCCGGUGGCCGGCAGCCAUCGAAACCAGCGGCAGGCGCGAAGAAGGAACCGAAAGCUAAGCAGGAACCGAAGGCUAAACAAGAACCAAAGGCUAAGCAGGAACCGAAGUCCAAGCAGGAGCAACCGGGCAAGGCGUCGGGCAAGGAUGACGGUACAGGGCCCAAAAAGCAGACCCGGCUCGGGCUCGAAGCCACCAAGGAGGACAACCUCCCGGACUGGUACUCGCAGGUGAUCACGAAGGGUGAGAUGAUCGAGUACUACGACGUGUCCGGGUGCUACAUCCUGCGUCACUGGUCGUUCGCCAUCUGGAAGACGAUCCGCAAUUGGUUCGAUGCGGAGAUCACACAGCUCGGCGUGAAGGAGUGCUACUUUCCGAUCUUCGUGUCACGGGCCGCACUCGAGCGCGAGAAAACGCACAUCGCCGACUUUGCGCCGGAAGUGGCAUGGGUCACGAAGAGCGGUGAUUCCGAGCUGGCCGAACCGAUCGCUGUCCGGCCGACGUCCGAAACGGUCAUGUAUCCGGCGUACGCGAAGUGGAUUCAAUCCUACCGCGACCUACCGAUCCGGUUGAACCAAUGGAACAACGUCGUGCGCUGGGAGUUCAAGCAUCCCCAGCCGUUCCUGCGUACGCGCGAGUUCCUCUGGCAGGAGGGCCACACGGCGUUCGCGACGAAGCAGGAAGCCGACGAGGAAGUGCUGACGAUACUGGACCUAUACGCGAAGGUGUACACCGACCUGCUGGCCAUCCCGGUGGUAAAGGGUCGCAAGACGGAGAAGGAAAAGUUUGCCGGUGGCGACUACACGACCACGGUCGAGGCGUACAUCUCGGCGUCGGGUCGCGCGAUCCAGGGCGCAACAAGCCACCACCUGGGACAGAACUUCUCGCGCAUGUUCGACAUCGUGUACGAGCACCCGGAGACGAAGGAGAAGGAGUACGUGUACCAGAACUCGUGGGGCAUCACGACACGCACGAUCGGCGUCAUGAUUAUGGUGCACGCGGACAACCAGGGCCUGGUGUUGCCACCGCGUGUCGCCUGCAUUCAGGUGGUGAUCGUUCCGUGCGGUAUCACCGCGACCACCACGGAUGACGAGAGGCGUAAGCUGUACGAUAGCUGUCGGCAGCUUGAGCAGGUGAUCGUGAGCGCGGGCAUCCGGUGUGAGGGUGAUUAUCGGGAUAAUUACUCGCCCGGCUGGAAGUACAAUCACUGGGAGCUGAAGGGCGUGCCGGUGCGCAUCGAGCUCGGCUUUAAGGACCUGCAAAACGAUCAGUUUGUGGCCGUACGGCGUGAUAACGGUGCAAAGCAGACGAUCAAACGUGGCCAGGCGACGGCCGAGCUGCCGAAGCUGCUUGAAACCAUCCACGCCAGCAUGUACGCGAAGGCCGAGCGUGAUCUGCACGAUCACACCAAGGUCACCAAGCAGUGGCCCGAGUUCCUGCAGUUCCUGGAGGCGAAGAACGUCAUCAUGGCACCGUUCUGUGGGGAGAUCAGUUGCGAGGAUCGCAUCAAGGCGGAGAGUGCGCGGGAUGAUGCCGAAGCCGAAGCUGGCGCCCCGGCCAUGGGCGCUAAAUCGCUCUGUAUCCCGUUCGUACAACCGGCCCAGAUCGAUUCUGCAGUGGAUAAGUGCGUCCAUCCGGCUUGCGGUCGGGUGGCCAAAUUCUACACCCUCUUCGGUCGAAGCUACUAAAGCGAUUUCGUUCUUAAGUGAGCUCUCGGCAGCUGUACGUGGCUCAAAAAGUGUGUAUGAUCGUGCCGGAAUCUGCCGUACACAUGUCAAGCAAGCGUAAAAGCAUUAAAUUUAAGCUGUGUUGAUCCCAGCGCAACGGCUCGCUAUCGAUCGCUUUCGUUUCGUUUUGCUAUAUGUAAUUAAGUUCAAUCGUUGUUCGAUAAAUAAACAAAUGUAGCGGCCAGACAAUAUUUGAAGCAAGAAAUGAUAUGUGAAGAAAAUAAA